AAAUUUUGUUUAUCACAGAUGGCACUACGCGCGCUGCUUUAAACAAGUAUUUUUUUGGCUCAAAAGGAAUUUCUAGUAUAUAUUCUCUUAAAAUGUUAUGCGUAAUAAGUUUUUUUUUUAUUUUAAAUGAUUUUAAUUACGGUUUCAUGUUGAAAAUAUCACAAAGAUAAUUUAAAUGACCGAUAGAUUAGCACAUUUCACAUAAGAUGGCUUUUAAAAAUAAUUGAUGCAAACUUCACUUUAAUUAUCAGGCAACACUGUUUCUGACAUGCGCUCUACCGGGUUGUCGAGUUCGAGUUCCGAAAACUAUUUUCUGUCAUUGUUCGUCGGUAGCCUGCCGCUUUAGGUUCUAUCCUUUCAGAGGUCCAGAAUAUACAGUAGCAAAGUUCGAAAUGUUCGUGUCAACUGCAUCUCGUCUCGCCCCCGUUGCCCGGAAAGCUGCCCUUAGUGGAACGAAGUUAUAUCUGAGACCGCUUAGCACCGCUGUCAUCAGUAAGAGUCAAGCAUUGGCAUCCCAAAACACAAUGCCAGUGGCCCUCUUACCUCAAGUCAGGUCAUUCCAGACCUCAUCUGUAACCCGUGAUAUUGAUUCUGCUGCCAAAUUUAUUGGCGCUGGUGCUGCUACAGUUGGAGUCGCUGGAUCUGGUGCUGGUAUCGGAACAGUAUUUGGUUCUCUUAUCAUUGGUUAUGCCAGGAACCCAUCACUCAAACAGCAACUCUUCUCAUAUGCUAUUCUAGGAUUCGCCUUAUCUGAGGCUAUGGGUUUAUUUUGUCUUAUGAUGGCUUUCCUACUGCUAUUUGCUUUCUAAAGCUGCAUCUAGCUUGAAUACGAACGAAAAUUUGACAUCAAAGGGCAGUAGAAAUCUGGGAAAGAAGAAUGCUAUACAAUGCAAAAGGUUAGGAGAAGAAAUAAAACAUCCAGUUUUGUCUCAAAUAGAAAACAAAAAAAAGUGUAUUACAUAUAAAAAUACAUAGUGUAUGUAUAUUUCACAGAUAUAUUUUUGCUCUAUUAAUAUCAAGGAAAUAGAAUUGAAUUGGCAUGUAAUGUUUACAAUCUGUAAUACUAUCUAAAUUCAAAAUUAAAUCUUUUCAUUCGACAUGAGCUAAAAAAUAAUUUACAAAUUAAAUCAUAUUAUAAAAGAAUGAAAUACAUAGAUUUAAGUUAAAGAAUCAUAAAAUUCAUUAAAAAUUGGGGAAGAUUGUCUGAAAUAACAAUUUAUUGCCAUUGAGAGUAUAAGCGGAUUAAUUAUUAGUGGCUUCAACAAAUUGUGGUUUCCGACAAACAUUAACAAAUGCAAAAUUGUAACAUAGAACAAGUUCAAGAUAUUCUUUUUCUUAAUAUAUUGAAAUAUGGCAUGUGUGGUAUGGUUUAUGUCAAUUUUGGGAGGAAUUGCAUAAACAUUGUUGCUAAUAGCAAAUUAGAAUGAAAUAAAAAGUGAAAUUCUGAAGA